CUGUUAUUUCACUUUCCGAUGCCCUCAUCGGUGCUCGCGGAUGCUUCGAUUUUGAAGCGAUUCGCGUCACUUUGCGAGAAUUUUGCAUUCUGAGUGAUUUCGGUACUUGGGUCACUGAGAUGUUGUCGUUUGCUGACGACGCCCCGGAAGAAUCGUGCCUGUGAUCUUGGUUGUCAGUCGGGGAGGGAGCAUAAUUAAGUGAUCGGUUGGGUGGUAGAAGCUGUUAGCUUGAUGUUUGAGGUUUUGGUGCAUUUAGAUGGCGAAUUGUGACGAUGAUUAUUGGUCUAUGAGGGUUUAAUCAGGUUUACAAUAAGCGAAUUACAUAUUGUAUCUGGGAACCCGUUCCAAUUCCUGUUGCAAUUGUAGAGUAUUACUAUUCGACGUGGAGGGAAGCCGAUUUCACGUCUGGUUUCAUGGACUUUCGAUUCCAUUCGGCUUGAGUGUUGGAAUUUCGAAAACAGUCUCCUUUUCCCAUGGCUUUGUGCAGCGAUUUCUAUCCUGUACGUCGUGGUCGGGAUUACAUUCAGGAUGGGUCCUUGCGUGUUGCGUAUUUAGUCUUGCGUGAGUUCAGGACAAGGUUUAGGGUUUUCGGAUCGGGAAAUUUCCAGCUUCAUGUCGGUUGACUGGAUUUCGAUGACGGGAGGAGAGAUGUCUUUAGAACUCCUAACCAAAGAAAACCCUGAAGAGCGAGGAGUAUCGGAAAUUGUUUUAUUUACCUGCCGAAGAGUUGUUGAUUGCGGACUUCAAUUGUGCGCUUCAGAAGAAAAUACUACUACAGGGUCAUAUGUACCUCUUUGAACAUUACGUGUGCUUUUACUCUAACAUUCUUGGUUAUGAAAAGAAGAAAGUAAUUCCGCUCAAAGAUGUAACUUGUGUGCGAAAGGCUAGGACAGUCAGCGUCUUCCCUAAUGCGAUUGAGAUAGUCUCAUGGGGUAAAAAGCACUUUUUUGCAUCCUUUCUCUCUCGUGAUGAAGCUUUCCGCUUGAUCAUUGAUGGCUGGGUCCAGCAUAGCAGCUAUGCGAAGCUGUUUCUCGAUUCGCAAGGGUCUCUGGCUACACUUGCAACGAGUCCACAAGUGAGGACGUCUGGAGCAGAAAGGGGAGCUGCUUCUCAAAAUGCCUUGCAAAGUCCUUUGUUGAUUACGAGGAUUGAUGUAGGAGGAAACUACGAGAGCAGGGUGAAUGAGAUGGCUGCAAACAUAGCUGCAUCUGCGGAGAUAAUAGAUCAUGGUCCUUCAAACGCAAUGAAUGAGCAGGACGAGGGGCAUCAUUUGCUUGAAGAUGAGGGGACCACCAGCAGUUCUGGCAGUGUUGGCCUGCAGCAAUCUCCGGUCUGGGAAGUGGACGAUAGCGAAGCUCCACCAUUGAAAGAUAGUUACAAAACUGUCGUGGAAUCUGAAUUUCCGGUGGAUGUAGAGGAAUUCUUUCAACUAUUCUUCUCAGAUGAAGGCAUAGGAUUUGCAAAGGACUUCCAUACCAAAUGUGGUGAUGAUGAUUUUCGGUGUACGCAGUGGGCCAAGCAUAGACAUUUUGGACAUGCACGGGACAUCUCGUUCCGACAUCCGAUCAAUUUUUAUUUUGGGCCAAAAUCUACUUAUUGUCACGAAGCACAGCGCUUUCGAGUAUAUCGAAAUAAUCACCUGGUUCUAGAGACUUCACAACAGAUGACUGACAUACCCUAUGGUGACUAUUUUAAAGUAGAGGUGAGGUGGGAUGUGGAGCGGUUUAUUGACAAUGGACAAUUCCAUAGUUUAGUUCGAGUGUCACUCGACGUCACUUUCUCUAAAAAGACAAUGUGGAAAAGCAAAAUAGAGCAAGGAACUUACGAUGAAAGUAAGGAGGCAUACACCACGUGGAUUCAACUGGCGCGAGACGUUGUAGGGGGUAUGAAGUCUUCAACUUCCAAGCAUCUUCAAGGUAUUGAUUCCACAGAUUCCAUCACAGGGCAUGAGGUGCCUGCCGCGGAAUGCUCCCGGAGCGACGAACCCUUGGAGCGUGCUAAUGGACCCUCGGAAACAUACCAGGAACUACAUGAUGCUGAUAGUCUACACACCUGUUCUGCCAACCGCAUCUCGGAUAGUCAGGAGGAGCUGGAUUGGCGGAGUCAGCUCAAGUGGACAAUGAAAGCAUCUUCUGCUAUACAGAAUGCCCUUGAAAUAUCUCAAAGGGGGUGGCAGAUGUUGGCUGCCUCAGAUCGGAGAAAACAUAUCAAACUGGUUUUGUUCAUCUUAGCCGCGGUGCUUAUUUUUUCUAUGCAGAUUGGAAUGAUUGUCACACUCAUUUGGCCUCCAAGCAUUAAACCUGCGCCGAUUGCACACCAUGUCAGCGACGGUAUCAACCCGGGGAGUUGUUGGGGGCGAUCUGAAAUGGAUGAAACGCUUGGGUGGAUGGAAAGAAGGGUGCGUUACAUUAAGGAAGAGAUCGCCAUGACGGAACUGCGGCUGCAAGAUUUGCAUCAACAUCUUUCUGUAUUAAAAAACCAUGCAGAUCAAUUUCAAAAUCAUCUCUCUCAAGCUAGUUUGGUAUGCAGAACUGAACCUCAUUCAAACAGUUUGUAUUCACGCGCAGAAUAAGUUAUACUAGACUUGUAUCCUGGUUGGAUUGCGCAAGAUGAGUGUGAGCAUUUCACAUGUAUAGAGCUGUAGCAAUGAAGAGUUUUUUGAGUCAACUUCCCCCUCGCAACUCCAAAUGAUCAAUUGGAGUUUGUGGGAUUUAACAAACCCAAUAUCAAGAGCAUGUGAUUUCUAGCAAGCAACGCCCAAUAAUCCAUUUAAUGACUUGGCUUGUACUUUAUAAACAUAAGUACUUAUCUCACACAAAAAGCUACUCCAAUAUCA